AUGCCUCGCUCCGCUCCGUCGCUGCUUCUUCGUAAUCUACACUGCUCAUUGCCUACCAUUGCCCAGAUCUACAGGGACGCCGCUGGUGUGGGAUCCGGCGUCGUGGGGGAGGGCCACGGAACUUCGUCUCACUUGUUUCCCCCGCUGGCUGUUUCUACUGCAGAAGAUGGCGAAGCUGUGGCAGACUUUUUUUGUCGUGAGCUUGGUAUGGGGGCCGCUGCGUUGCGUCGCUGGCGAAGCGGUUUGACGAGAGCCGCACGGCGACGUUGGUGGCGUGGGGAACAUUGUCUUUCACAGCCUGGUGCCACUUCUGCGUUGCCCACCAGCAUGGAUGAUGUCUUGUUUGUGCGGAGUGCUAUUGAAGAUCUGAAGGCGGUCGUCUCGCCUUUUCUCACGUUGGCGACUCCGCGGCGGAAGGGUGGGGCGCGUGGAAGUUCCUUUGUGGCCACGCAGCGUAUUCCGCCUGGUGUAUAUCUCCUCAGCUUACCUGUGGAAGCUCUCUUCUUUGCGCAGCCGCCGCCUGCCAGUGAUCCUAUAACGUCCUUUUUCAUGUACGUGGAGGAUCUGGUGGGGCAGUUGGUGGUGGCGGGGGACGAGGUCUCAAGCGAGGAGUGGCGCCCCUCCCACGCGGGCUACGUCAACUACCUGAAGAAGUCGGUGAUACCGAGCAACAAUCUGCCGUUUUUGGCGCGGGAGGAGAUCACCCAGAUACUAGAGGCGGGCAAGGCAACAACGUUCUUGGGGGCGGAGGGGGAAGGCCCCGGUGAGAGUAGCAAGAGCCCUGCACUUGAGUUGUGGGAGUAUUUUCAUGACGACAUGCAGGGCUUGCCGUUGAGUGCCUACUUGCGUCAGCGCCUGUCCAAAGAGGAGUAUGCAUGGUGGGUGAGUUUGGUGCUCUCGCGGCGUGCUGGCGCCGCCACCCUGAUUCCGCUGGUGGACAAGCUUAAUCACCAGCCGGAGCCCAAUUGCUACUACACAAUGGCGACGGAAGAGACUUUAUGUGGAAUUGACGUCUUUGACAAUCUUUUGGCUGGCGUUCCUUCCGACUUGGUGUGCGAGCCGUUUCUGCACACCUUUAGUAUCCGCGAGAUACAGAAGGGGGAGCAGCUCACCCUCUGCUACGCGUCUCCUACGACCCGCCCGCACCCGCAUGGCUCGAGGAGUGCUGGUGGUGGCAUGUCUGUGACCUCCCCAGAAGGUCGGGCUGCAUGGCAGCUGCAGUGGGGUUUUGUCCCGGAGGCUGACUCCCCGUAUUCCUCCACGGAUUUAAAGGAGGUGGCCGCCAUUGUGGCGGAACGUCGGGUAAAUCUCCGGCAUCAACACUUUCCACCCGAUGCGUGA